AGACAUAAAUAUUAUAGUUAGUAUAGUCCUAAGCUUUGUGUCUUUUGUCUAGAUUAAUUUACUAAUGGAAGUCUUCUUCUUCUUCUUCUUCUUCUUCACCAUCCUCUUCUCCUCAAUCUUCAUAGAUACAGAGGCUAAUUGUCCAGCAGUUAAAUGCAGCCAUGACGGCCCUGAAAUCCUGUUUCCUUUCUCAGUCCAAGGGCUACAGCCCCUGGAUUGCAGCUACCCGGGUUUCGAACUAAUUUGCAGAGAAAACACAACCACAAUUCACUUCCCAUCAUAUGGGGAUUUGGUUGUCAAAUCCAUCUCUUAUGAUAACAAAAAACUAAGCCUUCUUGAUCCUAAAAAUUGUGUCCAUGAAGUGUUUUUAAACCUCAAUCUCUCUCUUACGCCGUUCCAAUAUUACUAUGUUGUGAAGAACUACACAUACCUCAACUGUUCUUCUCUGCUUUCGCCUUCCUUCGUGCAAGUCCCCUGCCUGAGUGGACCUAGGCAUCAUGUUUAUGUUGUGGAAUCAUUUGAAACCGUGCCAGUUUCUUGCAAGCCUGUGAGGACUAUUUCAAUUCCAUUUUCAUAUAGUCCUUACCUGUCUGAUAAUAGUUUUGGGCUCGGAUUUACAUGGGAUUUUCCUGGAAUGGGAGGAGGCUGCCGUGAAUCAUGGGUUGUAAGGUGUUUCAAUUUAGCACGCGGAAAAGUCUCAAGUAUCCUCAUCUUCAUUUUCAUGGUUGCGACACUGAUUGGUGUGAAGAUUUAUUGCUCCAAGAAUGCUUGGGUUGAGAAGUUAUUCAUGCAUUAUGAAAUCCUCAAGAAAGCAAAACACUCUGGUGCCAAUGUGAAGGAAGUGAGCAAUCAGAUUACUACAUCAGGAUAUGGAAAUUGUGGGAGUGACUUCAAAGGAAUGCUUCCAAAUGAAGAUUGUGUCUGUAUAAUUGAAACAACUGGCAUUGAUGGGAAAGUUUCCAUGAAGUAAAUCUGGGCACUAGAUCCUUUGUCCCUUGUCUUAAAAUACUCAUAGUUGUUAGAUUAUAUUUCAAGUUUCUCGUUCCUCAAAAUUCUCACCUAAUCCAAUGGUGAUGAGUGUUUUGGGAUAAGAAUACGAGAAUUUGGGGACAGAGAAACCUGAAUAAGUUGCUUAAUUGAGAAGAUAAAAAAUGAAAGUUCCUCGGGCAACAACACAGAAUAAUCACAGAGCAUUCAAAUCUGGCUUUGAUGGAGUCAUCUUCCAAAGCUGGCAGAGAUGAAAGUAGUGUCGGACAAAAAUAACUACUUAAUCAUAAAUUUUGGGAGAAAGGUUCAAUUCUGUCCAAUUUUACAAAUUCUUAGAGGUCACUGUAGCAUUUGUCGAAAUUGAAGCAAGAACUAUUAGGAUUAGAGAUGAUAGCAAUUUGUGUAGAAUUAUGGUUUAUAUAAAUGUAAUAAUUUUGGGUUUUAGUUUGAAUAUUACCAAGCCCAAGUCAUUCACAACCUAAUCAAGUUAUCCAAGGUUACCAGGGUUUUCUUCAAA